AAAGCAGAUAAAAACCAUGUUCAUUAUAUAAGUUCAGAUGAACAGAUUAUAACGGACUACCAUGGAUAUUUAACACAGGAUGAAAAAGUGAAGACGGAAGAUGUUAAUGAAAGAAGAUAUAAAUACAUUCGUGCUAAAGGUUAUGACAUACACUGUACUGUACAGUAUGACACAGGUAAAGCACCAGAAGCAUUUGGUUAUAACAAUGAAAUUUAUGCUUCAUACUUCUUUGUUAACGGUGUAUUAGUUGAACCAAGAUUUACAUUGAGAGUUAAGGCAAAAAUAACUUUUGAAGAUGCUAUUAAAAGUAAAGCUGACAAAGAUGAACUUGACGCAACGAACAAAGUUUUGAAAUCUCAUAAACACAAUAUCUCCGAUAUAAAUGAACUUCAAGCUACAUUAAAUAGUAAAGCUGACAAGAACCAUACACAUGAAUCCUUCACUACUGUUAGAGCAGACAACAUAAUAUUGAACUAUACCCUUGGUUCAAGUGCACCUUUAGAGAAUCCAAGUACAAGCGUAAAAGAUACACUAAACUCCUUAAAUAGUAAAUGUAUGAACAUUGAAGGUCAUGUCAGAAACUUUGAAACACAUGAACUACCAGCAAUGUUAGAUAAAAAAGCAGAUAAAGAACAUACACAUAACUCCUUCUCAACUGUUGCUAUAGAAAGUAUUGAAGGAACGGUUGGCGGAACUGGUGGGGAUGCAUUAUAUUAUAAAUCUCCUAACUUUCCACAAGGUUUAACAUCGAAUGAAAACAUAACAACGAAGAAAGAAAUUAGCUGUAAAAAUGUUUAUGUCAUGGAUGAUGAAAAUAAUGUUAAAUUCACUGCUCAAGAUUUAUAUGAUAAGAAAGCAGACAAAACAGAGCUUCAAACAUUAAAGAAUGAAAUACUUCAAACAUUAUAUCCUGUUGGUUCUAUUUAUACGUCAAUGAAUUCAACAAAUCCAGAAACAGUUCUGGGUUUUGGUACGUGGAAGCAGAUUGUAGAUAAAUUCUUAUACUGUGCUAGAUAUUCAAAGCAAACAGGAGGUUCGAAGAAAAUUAAAGAAGCAAACCUUCCACCGCACACUCAUACAGGAACUACAAACUUUUCUGGCGACCAUAGCCACUCAUUAAGAGACUACCCAUUAUACAACUCAGAGUAUGAAGCUGGCCAUGACGUUUUAUCUCCAUCUUAUAACAAUUCAGCAAAAAAGACUUUUCGACCAACUGAACCAGGAGGAAAUCAUUCACACACUUUCACAACAAAUCCAACAGGCUCGGGUGCAGAUUAUAUGCCACCAUUUUGUGACUAUAUUCGCAUGGUACCGCGUUCAAUGA